AUGGCAGCGAGUUUUAACAUUCUAAGGUUACCAGACAUUGCCGUUAGUCGGCACACCGCGUUCGACAUUAGUGUUCGUCGCUUCACGCGUUUGCUCCCCCUUCUUAUCACUGCCGCGCUCUCUUGUUCUCUUCCUUUUGAGGCGCCCACCCUCAUCUCCCCCCACUCACCCUCGUUCCUCCUCUCUCCCCCGCCUCCCCGCUUCCCCCUUUUCCGACUCACCCGUCAUCCCCUCCCCCCACCAUACCGCAACUUUUUCCCCUCACGCCUCCUCUCCCUCCCUAUCCACCCCCCACCCUCAUCUCCCCUCCACUCACCCUCGUUCCCCCUCUCUUCCCCGCCUCCCCUCUUCCCCCUUUUCCGACUCACUCCUCAUCUCCCCCGCCCACCCUUACCUCAACUUCGUCCCUGCUCACGCCUCGUUUCCCUCCCCAUCCACCCCUCAUCUCCCUCCUCUUCCCUUUCCCCCCCCACCCCCUUCCUCCCCCCCCCCCCCAUCACCCCUCAUCCCCUCAACCCCCUCCUCACAACCUAUCCACCCCUCAUCCCCUUUGGCCCUCCCCUCAACUUUCACCCACCUAUCCCUCAUUGGUCCCCGCCCAUUUACUCCUCGUUCUCCUCCCAUUUGACUGCUAAGCUGCCUGGUCUGGCAGGUGGUUGGCUUGGCUGUAUGUGA